AUGAAAGGUUUGAGACAGCUGGUGGAAAAAGAACAUUGUGACAUCAAUUUUAGAGAUGGCUACUAUUGGACGCCGCUGAUGUGUGCAGCAUUUGCAGGUAAAAAAGAGGCUGUGAGUUACUUGUUGAAAAGAGGAGCGGCCUGGGUUGGCGUUUGUGAAACUCGAGGCAAAGAUGCUCUAACGUUAGCAGAAGAAGGAGGGCACCAGGAGGUUGUCACGCUUCUGCAGGAUUCUUUGAACAGUCAGCCAGAGGCAUCACAACCAAGAACACAGCCGCUAGAAAAAAAAUACUGCAAUGUUUGCAAGACACAAUAUCAGGAAGACAGUACAGACACACACGAACGAUCUACAGUACAUCUCUUCAACAAGAAAAAGAAACUUCCGUCUACAUAUUAUGCUAUCCCAGAGCACAACGUGGGCUUUAAGAUGAUGCUUAAGGAAGGCUGGAACCGGGAGUCAGGCCUGGGACCUGAAGGGACAGGCAGAAAAUUUCCUGUUCAGACAGUUCUCAAGCGAGACCAAAGAGGUCUUGGCUUCCACAGUGACCAGAAGCCUAAAGUGACACAUUUUGCUGCUAAUGACACCCUGGCAGUUAUUGGGCCACAGACUAAACAUGUGAGAACAGAAAGGGUAGCUACUGUCAGCAGAAAAGAAGAAAGAAGGAAGGAAGCCAAAACUAAAGCCUGGGAAAGGGAUUUGAGGACAUAUAUGAACAUUGAUUUAUAA